AUGCAGGCGAACAAUCCAACCUUUAAGCCAUCACCUCUAUCCUUUGGCGGCAACGGACGAGCAUCGCCCUUUCGGCGACCCUCGACGCCCAACUCCCCGCCUUCAGGUCGCCCGGCGACCCCAGGAAGCUCUCCAAGCAGAGGAUACACUCCCAUGGUGUCGCCAAGCAAGUUGAAUCAAACAUAUACCGUCGAAGAUGGAGAAUCUGUCUCCCCGCAGUCGUCGCCGAUCCCCCAACCCAAAUUCACCCGCGAAUUACCUCCAUCUCCUACCAAGGGAGCACAAUCACCUGGCCAUACAUCGCCAAUUGUGAGUAGAUCACAUGCAGUGAUGGGUGGGGGUGGUGAUGCAUCAUCUAAAUUACCGCCAAAUCAACUACGGGAGAUCAGAGAGGCCUUCCAGGUUCUUGAUAGGGAUAAUGAUGGGCUGGUUGAUAAAGAUGACGUCGCCGAUGUUUUGAAAAACCUGGGCCAAGAUACUUCGCCCUCUAGCCUUUCAAGGUUCUUCCCACCCGGCGCAGGAAAAACAAUCAACUUCGCGACCUUUUUGAACACAUUAUCUCAAUUGAUGUCUCCCAUGUCAUCAUCUCAAGAGCUCAUUAAUGCUCUGGCUGCAUUCGACGAUGACGACAACGGCCAGGUUGAUGUGGCGGAGCUACGCGACUCUUUACUCCAUACAGCCCCAGAAGAUGGAGGCGUACUUCUGACAGAGCGCCAAAUAGAUGAGGUUUUCAGUGGGUUUACUGGACGUCGUGCAUUUGGAGGCCGGGGCGCGAAAACAGGCGGAAUGGGGAAGAGGGGCGAGGUUUUUCAAUACCACGACUUUGUUCGCAGUAUAGUAGGCGGAGGUGAGAAUGGAAACAAUGGGCGACGAGAGGCUGGUCCUAGUCCGGCUUAA